AUGCCACCCAAACGACCAAUUGAAGGCGACGCGCCGCCUGAUAGGCCCACCAAGCAAAUCAAAGAAGGCAAAUGCGAGAACAAGUUGGCUUGGAGCGCAGAGGAUGAUCGCAAGUUCUUACUCGCCUUUCUGGCUCUCGACGACCAGCCACCCGCCUUUCCCGAGCACAAAAAAGCCAAGCUGGCCGAAUUGAUGGGUCGCAGUCCUACAGCGAUCAAGAGUCGCUGGUUCAUUACUCUGAGACCUGCUAUGAAACAGAUCAGCGAAAGUCUGGGAGAGGCACAGCCUCAGAAGGAGUGA